AUGGGGGUAAGCUCAACACAGUUUGUCUGUCCUAAACUCGCGCCUGCUUCGAGGCGAAGUGCCGGCGAGGGCGCAUCAUCUCUUCACCCAUUCCUACUCAUCGUCCCUUCCACGGAGUCGGUUUGCCUCAUCAUUUCCAUCGGCUCUCGUCUCUGUCGGGCUGUUUGGAUGAGAAAUGCCAUUCACCACCACCCAAUGGUGGUACAGACUUGGCGGUCAGUCGGUCAGCUGGUCGGUCGGUCCGCCUGGCUGCACUCGUCUACGCCCCAAAUGAACCAAAGUCAACCAAAAAGUGUGACAUUCUACACAGCCUUAAAUCAGGUCACGCCGGUGGGGGAUAACAGUCAGCCGAGAGGAGUGGCCUCCACUCUUGGUUGUUAG